AACAUCAAUUCGAAAAACUACUGUCUACUACGACUCUACUGGUACUUGGUAGAGAAUAAGGAUCUUAAUAUUCAUAAAUCAUAAUUAUUAUUUAUUUAAUUAGUACAUCUACUUAUUAAUUGUUGUUUGUUAUUUCAUAGUUUUUAUAGUUGUUAAUUUAAAAUAACGUAAUAAUUUAUUGAUGAAUUUAGUAUAGAAAUUCAAUAAAAUAAUACAUUUUUGAAUUCAUAACGAUGAUAUGACCUUUGGUAUUUUAGCAUAAUGCAACCAUGUGUGAAUGAACUAAGCAUUUUUUAAAUUUAAGUUUUCACUUCUUUUCAAUAUGGAAGGCGAUAACGUUUUAACAGGAGGAGUAGGUUUAUUAUUACGAUACGCGAGUCAGAAUUCAUUAGACGAGAGCUCUCAAAAACAAGUACCAAGGUCGGGGAGACGUGAACGAACUCCAUAUAGAAAUAGCUCUCAUACAGUUCGUGCAUUUGAAGUUUUACAAUCUUUGCGCAGAGAUGAGGUUUUUUGUGAUAUAAAAUUAGAAACAGAUGAUCAUACAGUAGUAUUUGGACACAAAGUUGUCUUAGCAUCUGCUAGCCCUUAUUUCCAUGCCAUGUUCACAAGUUUUGAAGAGAGCAAUAAGGAUCAUGUAACUAUUAGAGAAUUAGAUUCUACAGCAUUAAAACUACUAGUAGAUUUUAUUUAUACUGCCCAAAUAAUGGUCAGUGAAGAAAAUGUACAGGUUUUGUUACCAGCUGCAAAUCUCUUACAAUUACACGAUGUACAAGAUGCAUGUUGUGAUUUUUUACAAUCACAACUGCAUCCUACAAAUUGUCUUGGUAUCAAGGCGUUUGCUGAUUUACAUGGCUGUAUGGAACUUUUAUCUAGUUCUGAAUCAUAUAUUCAACAACACUUUUCAGAAGUGGUUGAAGGUGACGAGUUCCUAUCCUUAUCAUCCGAACAAGUAGUUAAGUUAAUCUCCAGUGAUGAACUCACAGUUCCGUCUGAAGAAAAAGUAUUUGAAUCUGUUAUUUGUUGGGUAAAUUAUGAAUCAAGUUGUAGAAAAGAUAUUUUGCCUAAAUUAAUGGAACAUGUUCGUUUGCCUUUAGCAUCAAAAGAAUAUUUACUUAAAAGAGUCGAAGAGGAACCUCUUCUUAAAAAUAGUCUUGAAUGUAAAGACUAUAUAAUUGAAGCUUUAAAUUUUCAUUUACUCAAGUCUGAACAGCCUGGUACUAUUCCAAAAACCAUUCGUACCAAACCUAGACAACCUGUUGGUUUACCUAAAGUAAUACUAGUGGUUGGAGGACAAGCUCCUAAAGCCAUUCGUAGUGUAGAAUGGUAUGACCCAGCAACCAACCGAUGGCAGUCUGGACCAGAAAUGAGUACGCGUCGUUGUAGAGCAGGCCUAGCUGUAUUAAAAGAUCGCCGUGUAUUUGCUGUGGGUGGUUUUAAUGGUUCAUUAAGGGUUCGUACAGUGGAUAUGCUUGAUUUGUCAUCCCCAUCACCUUGUUGGGUACCAACAGUUGCCAUGUUAGCUAGACGAGGAACUUUAGGAGUGGCUGUACUAGAUAAUUGUAUAUAUGCUGUUGGCGGGUUUGAUGGUACUAGUGGUUUAAAUAGUGCAGAAGUUUUUGACUGCAGUACUCAAGAAUGGCGAAUGGUAUCUAGUAUGUCUACUAGGAGAAGUAGUGUUGGUGUUGGAGUCCUCAAUAAUCUUUUAUAUGCGGUUGGAGGAUAUGAUGGAUUAUCAAGGCAGUGUUUAAAAUCUGUUGAAUGUUAUCAUCCCAGUACUGAUACAUGGACGCCAGUUGCAGAAAUGUGCGUACGUCGCAGUGGUGCUGGUGUAGGAGUCUUAGACGGUGUAAUGUAUGCUGUUGGUGGUCAUGAUGGACCUGAAGUUCGAAAUAGUGUUGAAGCCUAUAGACCUAGUACUGGGGUUUGGACUUCUAUUGCUGAUAUGCAUAUGUGUCGAAGAAAUGCUGGAGUAAUUGCAUUAGAUGGCUUGUUGUAUGUUGUGGGUGGUGAUGACGGAGCUUCCAAUUUGGCUUCCAUAGAAAUUUACAAUCCCAACACCAAUACAUGGUCGAUGUUAACAGCUUCUAUGAAUAUUGGCCGAAGUUAUGCCGGAGUGGUAGUCAUUGAUAAGCCUCCACAUUUUAAUAAUUAAAUGGUAUACAGGUGUAUUAUUGUUGAAUUAUCUAGUUUAAGUAAUGUGAAUAUUUUAUUGUAAAAUGUAUACAUAAUUUAAAUUAACAGACUAAAAUAGAAUCAAAUUAGUAAGCCAUAUAAUUAAUUAAAUUAAAAUAUGAAUAUUAUUAUGUUAAGGUUUAUUAGUGUCUUAAAAUAAAAUUUGCUAAUAGACGAUCAUAAAUGUUUUUACUUAAAUAAUUUAUAAUAACCCCUAAAGACACUAAAAAAAUAUCAUGGAUAAUAAGUCUGGGCACUUGUAAUUUGUUAAUUAAAAAUUACUUUUUAAAAAGUAAUUUCUAUAGAGUAAUGUGUAAUUUUCCACAUUAUUAAAAUAAGAAUGUAAAAUGUAUGACAAAACUUAGGUGCUACGAAUUAGGAUAUUUGAGAAAAAUUUAAAAAUCAAUUAAAUCUAUCUACAAUUCCAAAAGUUUUCGAUAAUAAUCAACAAUAUUAUUAAAAAUCCCAGGUAUUAGUUUGUAUACAUUUUGUUCAUGUAUAGUAUUAAAUAAUUAACAAUGUAUUUACAUCAUCAAUGUUUUCCUAUACUUCUGUCUGCUAUACAAUUUAUAUAAUAGUAUGAGGUAUAACACUGUAAAAUAUACCAUAUUAAAAUUACUUUUUAGUUAAUACUACUUAUUAGGUGUUAUGAGCUGAUUUUGUGAUUCAUUUUUAAAAGAAGUAAUAUUUUUUGCUACGCCUUACUUUUUGAAUGAAAAAUUAACGUAAUGUGAUUAACAUAAUGUUGGGUAUGCAAAUGUAAUUUAAAUAAAAAUAUUUAAUGUAACAACUAACAAGUAAUGUAAUUCUAUUACUUCACAAAAGUAAUUUACCCAACACUGUAUAAUCAUUUAAGAGUGUGAUGAAUUAUAACAAUUACAUAAUA